ACUCCACACUCAAAUCCCACUUCUCCAUUCUUUUCCCUCAAUUUAGAACACUUCCCUUUUUCAGCCAUGGUUCGCGGGCUCAAAAUCGUCGAAGAAGUCUCCGGCUGGCUCCGAAUAUUAGAAGACGGCUCCGUCGACCGCACCUGGUCCGGUCCCCCGGAGGUCAAGUUCAUGGCCGAACCGGUGCCGCCCCACAUCCACUUCAUUGACGGCGUUGCUACCCGUGAUUUCACCAUCAACCCCACCUCCGGCCUCCGCGUCAGAAUAUAUAAACCGAAACAAGACUCUGAAAACCAAACCAAGCUCCCAAUUCUGAUUCAUUUUCAUGGCGGAGGAUUUUGCAUCAGUGAAGCCAGUUGGUUUAUGUACUAUAGCAUUUAUACUAAACUUGCGAAAUCAGUCCCGGCCAUCGUCGUCUCCAUCUAUCUCCGGCUGGCCCCGGAGCACCGCCUCCCGGCCGCCUGCGACGACGGCUUCGAAGCCCUCCUCUGGCUCCGGUCACAGGCCGAGGGCCGCUCACACGAGCCGUGGCUCAGCGAAGAUGGAGACUUCAACCGAGUGUUUCUCAUUGGAGACAGCUCGGGAGGGAACGUGGUUCAUGAAGUGGCAGCACGUGCAGGACACGUGCUGCCCGACAUGGGUCCGUUAAAAUUAGCGGGCGCGAUUCCGAUCCACCCGGGCUUUGUUCGGGCCGAACGGAGCAAGUCCGAGUUGGAGCAGCCGGAGUCACCUUUUUUAACGCUUGACAUGGUGGACAAGUUCUUGAAGCUGGCGUUGCCGUUAAAGUGCACUAAGGAUCAUCCUUUGACGUGUCCAAUGGGGGCGGCUGCACCGCCGUUUGACGGGCUGAAACUGCCGCCGUUUCUGCUGUGUGUAGCGGAGAAUGACUUGAUAAAAGACACGGAAAUGGAGUAUUAUGAGGCGAUGAAAAAGGCAGGUAAAGAAGUGGAAUUGUUCAUGAAUUAUGGGAUGGGCCAUAGUUUUUAUUUGAAUAAAAUCGCGGUGGAUAUGGACCCGAAAACGGGUGCCCAAACUUAUCGUCUUCUUCAAGGAAUUUCAGAGUUCAUCAGGAACCAUUAGCAAGGGUUAAAUUCUAAUAAUUAAUGUUAGUAGAAGGAUUUUUUUUUUUUUUUUAAUAUAUAUAUAUAUAUAAUGGGUUUUGGGUUAUGGGUUAGUAGUGGAACUUCAUGAAGUAAUUAUAAUAAAAUAAUAUGAUUAAUAUGUUAUAAAUAUGAUGUUUUUCAUUAAGUACGAGUUAUUCAUCUGUCUAUACAAGCUUUGCGCUAGAUUCCAUUACUAGGCUUAAACCAAUACACAAAGCUUGUAAGUGUAAUAUUAUUCCACACAUACAAAGCGUUGGAAUAG